AUGGAGACCGACAAUCUGAGCACCUCAUCACAAGAUGUGAUGAAGGAUGCUCGAGCAAAGCUUUUCCGCCAGCGCCGCAGAAGCAAAGAGUUGGCCACUCGCAUCGACGAGAUUUUCUCCAUUGUCAACUCCCACGUCGCAGCCAAUGGCGGUAGCCAGAUCCUGAACGACGGUCUGGCCGAUUACAUCUUCUGGCCCAUCUCCCGCAUCUUUGCCCAGAGGGACAAGUUCUCCCUCCCCGUCGUCGAAGCAGCGCUGCGCGGUAUCUCCGUGCUCAUAGCCAAGGGCUGGAGCGCUAAGAAUCUGGCCGAGCUGUUCCCCCAACUCCUACUCUUAUUUAGUACGAUCCUCGGCAGCCGCCCCGAUAGUGGGAAAGAGAAGUCGCCCACCGCGGAGCAUCCGGAGAUGGCCGAGGAGACUAUUCACGAGGCUCUCGCCGCUAUCCGGGUAGCCUUUUCUACUUCACGAGACAGUCCUGGGGCAGGCGCCAUCUACAAAUCGGAAAAUUCCUUGACUCAAAUCGGAAACACUCUUGCUUCUAUCCUCGACCAAGCGCACAGUCCACUAUCACCUGAGAUCCAAACUGAUGCCCUGACAACGCUAGAUAAUGCUGUAAUGUCCAUCCGGGAUGCUCACACACUAGCGGGCUUCUACCCGGGAAUAGCUUCGUCCCUCGCCAAGCUGCUGGCCCACUCGAGCCAGAGACCCCGCGUCUUGGUCCAGGCCAUCGCUGCCUUCCGCUUAAUCCUGACCCGCGUUCUUUCUAACUUUGAGGUCGAGCUCAGGGUGAAGAGAUUUGAGCGCAGCGGCCAAGAAGACGUCCCCACCGAACCUUACUCACCCGAAUGGCUCAAGUUGACCCAGGAGCAGACCCGGGUGGCCCUCGGGACCGUGCUGAAGCUGCAGCUCAGCGACUCAGAAGUCGUCCGUGGUGAGCUCGAGGAUUUCUGUAUCAAGGUGUUGGACGAGUGCCAUCAGUCCCUCCAGAACUGCGCCGACAUCCUGGUGGAGGCGGCCAUCAUGGUCAUGUCGAAGGACCGCCUCGAUUCCCUCAUGGAGACGUCGCUCAAGGAGCUGUGCAUGGUGCAUGAGAAGACGAUUCUCGAAAACGUGCGCAAGGCCGCGUUUGAUAGGGCGCGCAAUUUUGGCAGCGUCAUGCAGAUGGGGGAUGAAACCAAGCAGCGGCGGUACCUGCAGUUCCUCGUCAACGCCACGACCGUGCUAGGCCAGAUGCAGAAGAGUACGGCUAAGGCGGCCAUCAUCCACGGCCAGAUCCUCAAGGGCUUCCGUGAGGCGUUUGACAGCCAGAGCCAAUGGGUCAAGACGGCCGAGCGCGUGGUCCUGGACGACGAGGACCUAGACACCGUCGAGAGCACCACCAGGUCCCUCAUCUCCCGCGGCGCGAGUAGUCAGCAAGUCUUCCGCCCCAUAGCCCUGGCCCACGAAAGCCAACGUACCGCCCGAGACCUAGUUGGGCAGCUCAUCGCCAAGCUGGGAGCACCCGAAGACAAAAGCCGAUACGCAAAUACCCUGACAGGAUACGCCCGGGACGCCACGGACCGCCAUAGUUUCUCGUCGUUUUGGCUCGCCUUCAAGCUCGUCCAAUCCGCCCUGGAAAGCACGGGCGACGAGUUCGACAUGUUUACCGUCUUUCCCGACGAUGACGAGAAUUCGAGUCUCGGCCCCGCCGGCAACCCCCAGGAAGUGCUCCAGGACAUCGACUGGAGGUCGAGGGCCCAGGCUCUCGAGGUCAUCGAGUAUACGGCGCGUCGGCUCAAAAGAGACUUUAGGCCCGAGCUCAUGGACGUGCUCUUCCCCAUCAGCACCCUCCUCGGCGACGAGCACCCCGAGGUGCGCCGCCACGCCCUGGUCACCCUAAACGCGCUCGCGGCGCACUGCGAUUACGCCGACGUGUCGGAACUGAUUGUGAAGAAUGCGGACUACAUGGUCGACGCUGUGGCGCUGCAGAUAAACUCGCUAAACCUGACGCCGGCCAUGGUGAACGUCUUGGUCAUGAUGACCCGCGUUACGGGACCCAAGAUCAUUCCGUACCUCGAAGAUGUCAUCGAGUCCAUCUUUGCUGCGCUCGACAAUUUCCACGGCUACCCCGUUCUGGUGGAGGCGUUGUUUACCGUCCUCAAGGAGGUCGUCGACCAGGGUGCCAAAUCGCAGACCUUGCUCAUAGAAGCAGGCGAGGCGUCGCGCGUCGACCACCGCAAGAAGCAACCGCCCAAGCUGACUUUUGAGCAGGCCCUAGAGGAUAUCGAGGCAACUAAACGCAAGUGGGCGGAGCGGGAUGAGAGGGACCGGGAGAUUGACGAGAAGAUCAAGACGGGGCACCCGACGGUUCCUUGGGGUGAUUUACAUAAACAAGGCAGCCGGGUGGAGGAACUUCUGGAUGAGCGGGAACGGGAAAUGGAUGAGGCGAGGAGCACAACGUCAAGUCACGAUGGGGACGAUGUUGAGAAUAUGGAUAAGCCGAAAAAGGGCAAAGACAAAGCUAAUGACAACGGCAACGAAGAGGAAGAUGAUGAUGAUGACGAUGCCCCUUCCCAAGCUGGGGAUGAGGAUGAGGAAAAGAAGGCAAAGAAAUCCACCACAUACACACUCCUCAACCGCAUCGCCAAUCUCACGCAACACUAUCUCACUUUUCCCAGCCCUCAUCUCCGCAAGCAGCUCCUAGGGCUCCUCGCCACGGCUUCGCCCGCGUUGUCGUCAGACCCCAACACUUUUCUUCCACUCAUUAACGACGUGUGGCCCGUGACGAUGGCGCGGCUGUACGACUCGGAAGGCUUCGUCACCAUUGCAGCCUGCGAGACUAUUUCCGCCCUCUGCGUCAAUGCGGGCGACUUUAUGUCCUCGCGUUUCAAGACGGAAUGGGGCAACGGCUUACACAAGUGGUGCCUCGCCGCGAAGAAGAACGCGGAGAGGGCGACGAUGGGCAACCGACAGAGGCAGCAGCAACAUCAACAGCGUGGCAUCGGCGGGCUCAUCUCGGCCAUCGACAGCAGCGACGUGGGCACCCUCCGAAUGCCCUUGGGAGGCGGGAAAAUCCUCGAGUCCUCCGCCAAGGCGAGGAGCGCGGCCGACGACGGUGGCGCGGCGCUAGCGGCGGCGGCGGCAACCCAGCUAGAAAUCAGCGGCGGUCUGGGCAACUACGCGCUCGCGGUCAAGGUGUGGGAGGCGGCGGUAUCGCUCCUCGCGACGGUCGUGAGCCAUGUGAGCGUGCCGCCGCUCGUGUUUGACGAGAUGCUGGACCUGGUGGCGGAUUUGCUGCUCGGGCGGCCCGAGGUCAAGGAGGCGUUUGAGCUGGUCAACAAGGAUGCCGUGUGGCUCGCCAUGUACGAGAGGAGAGGUGCAGUGGCGUGCGCCGCCCAAGAUUGA